GAUCAGCUGAGCUCACACACAGCAUCACUCCUGUCAGCUACAGAGAAGUCUUCAAUGUUCUAUGAGUUUCUGGAAUGAAGGUCAUUUGGUUACAUUUUAUCACACUUGGAUUCUUCAUCAUAGUAUGUGGUUGCAAGGCCUCUACCAAAUCAGAAAAUAAACUGUUACGAAUAAAGAGGCAACAGCCUGGAGAUGCUUUCAUUGAUGCAAUAUUCCAGGUUCCUAUCAUGACAUUGUCAUCAGUGGGUACUCUGAUCAAAACCAGUCGUCCUGUGAUCAUGAAUGUGAGAAAGAGGAUCAUUGAAAGUCUUACCCCUCCUCAACAGAAUGGUCAAAGGCCACAAAGAUAUACACCCCAGCAAGUGGCUGGUGACAGAGUGGGUCUGACAAACUCUUUCUUCAACAAGCUUCACAAUCAGCCCCAUCGCUUCUCAUUCUCUCCACAUCGAACCUCGUCUAACGGAAACCGGAUCUUCAGGGAAUCAUAAAUGUUCAAAACACCCUUAUUUGUAAAUACAGUACUCAUAGAACUUCUUUGUUGCUAACUUUGUUAACUUUUCAUUUAAAUAUAAGUUUUGAAAAUUA